AUGACUAGGCCGGAUAUAUCAUUUGCUGUACAUACCUUAAGUCAGUACAUGCACUCUUCUAAGCAAUCUCAUCUAGAUGCAGCCAGAAGAGUUGUCAAAUAUAUCAAGAGUGCACCAGGGCAAGGGCUAUUGUUGCCUUCAUCUGGUGAUGGCACUCUGCAGGUAUAUUGUAAUGUUGAUUGGGGAGCAUGCCUUCAAACUAGAAGGUCAGUAACUGGUUACUCAAUGUUCUACGGCAAUGCUUUGGUCUCUUGGAAGUCAAAGAAGCAGGAAACAAUGGCAAGAAGUUCAGCUAAGGCUGAGUUUAAAAGCAUGGCUUCAACUGCAGCAGAAAUUGUUUGGUUCAUCGGUCUGCUUGGGGCGUUAAAUGUCAAAUUGCAAUUACCCGUCACUCUAUUUUGUGAUAGUAAGGCAGCAAUCCAAAUCGCAGCAAAUCCUAUCUUCUAUGUACGCACAAAACACAUUGACAUUGAUUUUUAUUUCAUCAGAGAUAAGGUAAAGGCUGGCAUCAUCAAGAAUAUACAUGUGAACACUAAGGAGCAGAUAGCAGAUUUAUUGACUAAGGGACUUGGACGAACACAACACCAUCAUUUGCUUGGCAAGCUUGGAGUGAAGAAUAUUUUUCUACCCUCCAGCUUGAGGGGGAGUAUUGAGCCGGGAUAG